AUGGCUUCCAAUGGAAAAAUCCUUCCUCAUCAAGCCCAAGUGGUGGUGGUUCUCAUACCCUUCCCUGCACAAGGCCAUCUCAACCAGCUUCUGCACCUCUCAAGCCUUAUCUUAUCACACAACAUACCAGUUCAUUAUGUUGGAACUGUCACACACAUUCGCCAAGCCACACUUCGACACCACAAAUCCAUUUCUAACAUCCAUUUCCAUGCCUUUGAAGUUCCACCCUUUGUUUCCCCUCCUCCAAACCCAAACAAUUCAGAGACUGAUUUUCCAUCUCAUCUAAUUCCCUCCUUUGAGGCCUCUACACAUCUUCGGGAGCCUGUCAGAAGCCUGCUUCAAUCCCUCUCCUCUCAAGCCAAAAGGGUCAUAGUCAUCCAUGACUCUGCCAUGGCCUCAGUGGCACACGAUACCACAAACAUGCUUAAUGUUGAGAAUUACACUUUUCACAGCACAUGUGCCUUUACCAUCUACGUUUUCAUUUGGGAGAAAAUGGGAAGGCCUUCAGUUGAAGCCAUGCACGCCCUAAAACUUCCUUCUCCGGAAGGAUGCUUCCCAACCCAAUUCUUGGAUUUCAUGAUUGUACAAAGGGAUUUCCGCAAAUUCAGUGAUGGAAACAUCUACAACACGAACAGGGAAAUUGAUGGUCAUUACAUUGAUUUGCUGGAACAUAUCAGUGGCGGCAAGAAGGUUUGGGCACUGGGGCCAUUCAACCCUUUAGCCAUUGAGAAGAAAGAUUCAAUAGGAUCCAGGCACUCAUGCAUGGAGUGGCUUGAUAAACAAGAGCCAAGUUCAGUCAUAUAUGUGUCCUUUGGGACCACAACAACUUGGACGGAGGAACAAAUCCAACAGAUAGCCAUUGGGUUGGAACAAAGCAAGCAGAAGUUCAUCUGGGUGCUGAGGGAUGCUGAUAAAGGGGAUAUCUUUGAUGGAAAUGAAGCAAAAAGGCAUGAGCUUUCAAAUGGGUUUGAGGAGAGAGUUAAAGGGUUGGGGCUAGUUGUAAGGGAUUGGGCACCCCAAUUGGAAAUUCUUAGCCACACUUCAACAGGGGGGUUUAUGAGUCACUGUGGAUGGAACUCCUGCUUAGAGAGCAUAACCAUGGGGGUGCCAAUAGCAGCAUGGCCCAUGCACUCUGACCAGCCGAUAAAUGCAGUUUUGAUCACAGAGGUGCUCAAGGUUGGUUUGGUUGUGAAGGAUUGGGCACAGAGGAGUUCCUUGGUUAGUGCUUCAGCUGUUGAAAAUGGUGUGAGAAGGUUGAUGGAAACAAAGGAAGGUGAUGAAAUGAGAGAGAGAGCUGCGACACUUAAAAAUGGCAUCCAUAGGUCCAUGGAAGAAGGUGGAGUUUCUCGCAUGGAGAUGGAUUCUUUCAUUGCUCAUAUCACUAAAUAA